AGGUUCACUGGGAAGGGGUGGAGAUAGAUAGGUUCAUCACUAUUCCUUAUUUUAAUAUAUAUUUUUUUUUGAAAUAUGUGUGAACCCCCUCCAUAAGUUUACUAAUAGGAGUGCUAAGACCCUACUAGACUCCAUAUUAUCAAUAGACAUAAACGGUUUUAGUUUAAUGGAGUUUUUAAUAUAAAACAAUUAACAGAGUGAUCAUCAUGUUAUUGAGAAGCACAUCUGCUCCGAUACUGAACUCGUGGCUUCCACAACACUGCUCGAGAGAAUCAUCUCCGGAGCCCGAGUCACAGCUCCAACGCCGAAACAGAUCGUUGUCUAUACUCUCUUCAAAGUCCAUAGACAGACACACAGGGGAGCUGUUGCACCAAACUCUCUGUGUGCACAAGGAGAGUGUUCAUAAAUCAAGUAACAAGGAAAACGACGGCAAUGACGUAAUAUCACGCAGGCAACGCAGGUCAUCUUUAGAUGAAAGUUCCCAUGGAACAGUUUACCGGAAAAAGAUUUUGGAUCCUUCGUCGACCUUUUUAAUGGAGAGGCUAUUCUCGAGCUCUGGACAAGGAGAGAAGGUUUGUGAUGAUGAUGAUCGUCUGGAGACUCUUGUGAGUGGUGGUAGUGACGGUAUGGGAAGCAGCGGUGGCAAGAUAUGUACGGGAGGCGGUGUCGGUGGAAGCGGCGUUGACGGCGGUGGAAGUGAGGACGCCACCGAUGUGUAUUACCGCGAGAUGAUCAACUUGAAUCCUGGAAACUCUAUUUUGACCGGAAACUACGCCAAGUUCUUGAAAGAGGUGAGAGGAGACAUGAAGAGAGCAGAAGAGUACUGUAAAAGAGCAAUUUUAGGGAGCACCAACGAUGGAAACGUUCUCUCGCUGUACGCGGAUCUCAUUUUGCAUAACCAUGGUGAUAGUAAAAGAGCACACUCUUAUUUCCAACAAGCUGCCCAAAUGUCCCCCGAAGAUUGCUACGUGCAAGCUUCCUACGCAAGGUUUCUGUGGGAUGUGGAGGAGGACGAAGAUGAAGUAGAUGGAGAAGAAGAGCAAAGGAGUGAUGAAAUUGGCAUCAUGCCUUCAACAACCACCUUCCGUGACUUUUCCCAACUCUCUGCUAUUUCCACGCAGUCCUAAACACAGUUAUGUAGACCUUCAUCUAUAGUAAUAUCCAAACAAAUAAAUAAAAGGUAUAGUAUGCAAUAUGCAUGUUUAAUACACAUAUGCGUGUGUAAUAUUACUUCAUGUUAAGAGAAUCUAGAUAUGUUCUGUACAUUUCAAAUAUAUGGACGGCUAUGUUUUCUUUGUGCCGCAGUACAUGUA